UCCUAUUUUUCCCAAUCCAGAUUUUUCCCAGCACUGUGCCUCAUUUCUAUGCUCAAAACCAGGUUCUUUCGUCUUUUCACAAGAAAUUUCACGAUUUGUUAUGGCUGUGCACAUCGAUAAAAUUUACCUGUUUGUUUUGCUUGUCUCGGGACUAACUUACACUACUGUGAGUUAUCAAGAACUCCCACGAGGUCAUGGCGAAGAAUUAGGCAAGCACAGAGAUUCUGAAGGCCAUGUGGACAUUUUACACGAUCUUCCUUCUCCGCAAGAGUUUUGGGAUCAAUAUGCUAGUGCUCGCAAACCCGUUAUAUUUCGCGGUGCAGCGAAAAACUUUCCUGCCUUUCAUUUGUGGACUGAUCAAUAUUUGAAAGAAAGUUACGGUGAACUAGAAGUCAAGCUAGAAGCGAAACGAGAGAAAGAUCAUGUCCCGGUCGGAGAAAGAGGUCUUGGUAGGGACACGAUUCGAAGUUUUCUCGAAACUUAUCAACAAAAAGAUUCCUACACUGUUUCGCAACUUCCGGAUCCUUUAUCGACUGAAGUAAGGGUUUUGCCCUUUCUGAUGUGUGGUACGUUCAGUGAGAGAAUUUUAGAAGCGAACCUUUGGUUGAGUUCUGGUGGAACAAGAAGUAUGCUUCAUAAAGAUGCUGAUAAUGCAAUCAACUGUUUGCUAAACGGAACUAAAGAUUGGAUCUUAGUUCACCCUGAGAACGAAGAAAAUAUACCCAUGGCUGAUGGAGACAGGGGUUAUGGAGGAUUUGCCACCCUGGAUGUUCAAAGUGUGAAUCUUAUCAAGUAUCCCAGGUUUAAACAAGUAAGAUGGCAAUAUGCAAAUAUGACACCAGGGGAUUGCCUCUUCUUACCUUACAGUUAUUGGCACCAGGUGCGAUCUUAUGGCUCAAAGAACAUGGCUGUUUCAGUCCUGUUCUCACGGCUGACAGAAUUUGACCCAACAGGCUGUGAAAAUGCCAAGUUAGAAUACACACCCUUGUCAGAUGUGAACAUGGUUUGGACCUAUCCAGGGCAUGGACCCCAAACCAUGGGCAAUAUAGACCCAUUUGAAAUGAAAGAUGAGUACCUCUCUCAGUUUGAAGGAAGAGAAGAUAGACGACUGUUUGUGGAUGAUAUCUUUCAACAGUUGACUGAGGGAGGAAUCAUGGAAGAACACGAUGAUGCAAGGAGAGAUAUUGCAGAAAAGGUCUUUAAAGUAAUGGAUGCCGACAACAAAGGUUAUGUCACUAAACAAGACAUUGAGGCACUGACGGUUGAACAAGUGAAACAGAUGGCUAAUGAAGUGGAUGGUGACCCUGCUAACACUGAGGAAUAUGAGUUCGCUCUGUUUGAUCUUGCUGAAGUCAAGUCUGUUUUUGACAAGGCUCUGGAAGAUGGUGACGGGAAACUUACGGUUAAAAACCUGAUAGUACGCUAUGAGGAUUUUGGUGGCUCAGCCAAGGUAGCCAGAGAACUUUACAGCAUGCUUCAGCCUGAAAAUACUGACUUUGUGUCCGAAGACGAAAUGAGGGAGCGUCUUGAUGAUGUGUUGAAGCUAUAUCUGAAAAAGAAAGAUGAUGACAAAUCAGGAAUUUACUACGAAAAAGAGUGGGCCGAAGAUAAGGAGAUUAUGAAGAAAACUUUGCCAUCAGCCGUAGACAACUUGGACUCCAUACAGACGGAAUUACCACACACUGAGCUGUGACUGAAAUCGUACUUCCCAGCUAUUUUCAAAAGUUUUCAGUCGUCACGCAACUCUCCUUGAGAGGCGUGUUGCGUGACGGAUUGUAACUGACGCAUCGCUGCUAUUCUGAAUUGUUUGUCAAAAACAUUCAUACGUACAAAAGAAGGAAAUAUUUUCAGCAACUGCUAAAAAAAUGCAAGAAUUUAAGUAUUUAUAGAGCCGGUAAAAAACUAAGUUUUUUUUUUAACUCUUCCAAAGAUGGAUUUAUGAAAGAAUGAAAUAAGUUCAAUAAAAUAUCAACACAAGAAACCCUCA